CCGUCCACACAACGAUGCAAUUUAAUUCGAAAUAAAGGGCUCAUUAAAUCGAUUUCUGUACUCCACCCCGACGAGCGGAGUAGCGCCAAAAUUGAUUUUAGUAUUUCGAAUUAGGGUUAGUGUGGCCGCAAUGCGAUGGUAUUGGCCUCCGGGAGCUAUCCCACAGUGCACCAUUGUGACCACUCUGGACAGCAAUCUGAACUCGGAUGCACUGGCCAGGUAGGCAGGAAAAGCCCCGGGAACAUUUGAAAUUCAUUUCCUGUUUGCCCAGCGUGGAGAGCACAGGUGACCACAGAUAGCUCAUCAGCACAGGUAGCCAUGCAGGCCGAUAAUCGAAAAAGAGCACCAGCAUGGAGCGUAUGGGAGGUACUGGAUCUGAUCGCUAUAUGGGGAGAGGAUUCAGUGCUAGCAGAACUUCGUUCUAAAAGACGAAAUGCAAAAACUUUUGAAAAAAUCUCCAAGGGCAUGAUGGAGAGAGGCCACAAUAGGGACUCAGAUCAGUGCCGCGUGAAAGUCAAGGAGCUCAGACAAGCCUAUCAAAAACCAAAGGAGGCAAACGGUCGCUCCGGGUCAGAGCCGCGGACAUGCCGCUUCUACGCCGAGCUGCAUGCAAUUCUAGGGGGGGCUGCCACCACUACCCCACCUGUGACCGUGGAUUCCGGGUCAGGGAUAGUCUCAUCAGCUACACCUGAGGAUUCUGCGGACGGGGAAGAGGAGGAGGAGGAGGAGGAGGAGGAGGACGAGCUUGCAGAGAGCACCCAGCACUCCAUUCUCUCCAACAGCCAGGAUCUUUUUCUCAGCCUGACUGAAGUACCCUCCCAACCCUCCCAAGCCAGUAUCCAAGACCAUGACCCCAUGGAAGGGACCUCAGCAGCUGCAAAUUUAUCAAGCCUCCCUCCUCCGUCACGAAGGCGAUCUCAGAUAAGGCGGCGUAGAAAGAGGACAAGAGACGACAUGUUCACUGAAAUAAUGGAAUGCACCCGAAAUCAAAGAGCUCAUUUGAAUGAGUGGAAGGACAUGUAACUAAAUUUAGGAAAGAUGCCAGUGAACGCGAGGUCCUGAGGGACGCUCGAGAUGAGAGGUGGCAGGCUGCAACGCUGGGGCUGCUGCGUGAGCAAACGGACAUGCUCCGGCAUCUGGUGGAGCUUCAGGAACGGCAGCAGGAUGACAGAGUGCCACUACAGCCCCUGUAUAACCUCCCUCCCCCCUCACCAUGUUUCAUAUCCUCCUCACCCAGACGUGUAAGAAUGCGGGGGGGUAGGCUACGUGCACCUUCCCACUCCACCCCAGUGGACAGCCCAACCAAAAGGCUGUCAUUACAUUGAAUUUGUUCAGUGGCCUUUUACUUCCCUCCUAUCCUCCUCCCAAACCUCACCCAGAUUACCUUGUUGGUUCUCUCCCUAUGUUUAUAAUCAGUUAAUAAAGAAUACAUGAUUUUUAAAUGAUAUUGACUUUAUUUCCUUUGAAAGAAAGCUGGGGGAACGGGGAGGGUGGGUUCCUUACAGAGAAUGAAUGAGUCAAUAAAGGGGGCGGGUUUUCAUGAAGGAGAAACAAACAGAAAUUUCACACUGUAGCCUGGCCAGUCAUGAAACUGGUUUUCAAAGCCUCUCUGAUGCACAGCGCUUCCUGGUGUGCUCUUCUAAUCGCCCUGGUGUCUGGCUGUGCGUACUCAGCAGCCAGGCGAUUUGCCUCAGCCUCCCACCCCGCCAUAAAGGUCUCCCCCUUACUUUCACAUAGAUUGUGGAGCACACAGCAAGCAGAAAUAACAAUGGGGAGAUUUCUUUGGCUGAGGUCAGAGCGAGUCAAUAGCGAUCUCCAGCGACCUUUUAAACGGCCAAAUGCACAUUCUACAACCAUUCUGCACUUGCUCAGCCUGUAGUUAAACAGCUCCUGACUCCU